UUUUAAAGAUCAUAAAGUGAAGCAAGAACCCGCAUCCAGGAACAGAGCACUUUGCUCCUCUCUCAUAAUGAACGGAGACCAGAAGCCAGAUGCUUACGCCCAAGAGAAGCAGGACUUCAUCCAGCACUUCUCGCAGAUCGUCAGGGUGCUGACCGAGGAGGAGAUGGGGCACCCGGAGACGGGCGAUGCUAUUGCCCGUCUUAAGGAGGUCCUGGAGUACAAUGCCAUUGGCGGCAAGUACAACCGGGGUUUGACGGUGCUGGUGGCCUUCCGGGAGCUGGUGGAGCCACGGAAGCAGGACGCUGAGAGUCUCCAGCGGGCCCUGACCGUGGGCUGGUGUGUGGAACUGCUGCAAGCUUUCUUCCUGGUGUCAGAUGACAUCAUGGAUUCAUCCCUCACCCGCCGGGGGCAGCCCUGCUGGUAUCAGAAGCCAGGCAUAGGUUUGGACGCCGUCAACGAUGCCCUGCUUCUGGAAGCAUGCAUCUACCGCCUGCUCAAGUUCUACUGUCGGGAGCAGCCCUACUACCUGAACCUCAUCGAGCUCUUCCUACAGAGUUCUUACCAGACUGAGAUUGGGCAAACCCUGGACCUCAUCACAGCGCCCCAGGGCAGCGUGGACCUAGGCAGAUACACUGAAAAGAGGUACAAAUCCAUCGUCAAGUACAAGAGAGCCUUCUACUCCUUCUACCUCCCCGUGGCCGCGGCCAUGUACAUGGCAGGCAUAAAUAAAUGA